CUCCACCACCAACUCCAUCAACAAUACCCAUAUUGUUCACUCCUCCUAACAAUGUCUACUUUCGGUACCCUUUUCAAAGUCACAACCUAUGGUGAAAGCCAUUGUCCCUCUGUUGGCUGCAUUGUCGAAGGUGUUCCCGGUGGAAUGAACCUCGAUGCCUCUGAUAUACAACCACAACUUGACCGCAGAAGACCUGGUCAAUCAAAACUAUCCACCCCAAGAAAGGAAGACGACAAAGUCGUAAUUCACUCAGGUCUAGAAAAUGGUCGUACUUUGGGCACUCCCAUCGCUAUGAUCGUCAAAAACAAAGACCACCACCCACAAGACUACUCGGAAACUGAUUUCUACCCAAGACCUUCCCACAGUGACCUAACAUACUUGCUUAAAUACGGUAUAAAGGCUGCCUCUGGUGGUGGCAGAUCCAGUGCAAGAGAAACCAUAGGAAGAGUUGCUGCUGGUGCAAUUGCUGAAAGAUUCCUCAAAUUGGCCAACAACGUGGAAAUCGUAGCCUUUGUCUCAAGCGUUGGCAAAAUCUCCAUCGACAAAAAUCCAAGCUCCCCUUACUUUCAAAACUUGCUCAACACCAUAACAAGAGAACAAGUCGACCAAUUCAACCCAAUUCGUUGCCCACACAAGGAUAUUGCUGAACAACAAAUCAAGCUAACUGAAUCUGUAAAGGCCCAAAGAGAUUCAAUUGGUGGUGUAGUAACCUGCGUUAUAAGAAACGUUCCAAAGGCUCUUGGUGAGCCCUGUUUUGAUAAACUAGAGGCCAUGCUAGCCCAUGCCAUGUUGUCCAUUCCAGCGACAAAGGGUUUCGAAAUUGGUUCUGGCUUCUAUGGCACAACCCUUAAGGGUUCUGAACAUAACGACAUGUUUUCAAAAAACACUGAUUCCAACGAUCCAAACGACAAAUACAACUUGAAAACCCUAACAAACUUCAGUGGUGGUAUUCAAGGUGGUAUUUCCAAUGGUGAACAUAUCUACUUCAACGUAGCCUUCAAACCUCCAGCAACAAUCAGCCAGCCUCAAGAAACUGCCACCUAUGAUGGUGCUCCUGGGGUAUUAAAAGCAAGAGGAAGACACGAUCCAAAUGUCGUCCCCAGAGCUGUUCCAAUAGUAGAAGCAAUGGCUGCCUUAGUUCUUGCUGAUGCUCUUCUAAUUCAAAAAAGCAGAGAAUACGCUCACUCCAUUGUAGAUUUCUCCAAAGUUUUUUAAUCUCUUUCCUUUUUUAUUUUUUUUUUUUUCUUUAAAUAGUUUAUUCAAAAUAAAUAAAUAAAUAAAUAAAACAAUAAAUACUCAUUAAGGUUUCCACUUCAACAA